AUGGACGACUACAGGGAUGAGGUUGGUGAGGAUCAUUUUGCUCAGUACUUCGUCGAAAGAGAAGGAUGGCUCAGGUCGUUUGGCAUGAGACCUUAUACUUCUCCAGGCGACUACGACAUGUCCAGGAUGAUCAAGAAGAGGGCUGAGUACAACGAGGAGCACUUCAUCGAGGGUAUACUUUCCNUCGACAAGCUGCCUCCCUGCGAGAAGAUCCCUGGUAAAGUCACCGAUAGCUUCAAGCAGCAUCUGAAUUCUCUCAAACAGGACUGCCUGACCUCAGUCAACUGGAGAGGUGCCUGCAACCAGGUCCGCCACGCCAUUGAGCAACACAAAAUCGACAAGGUUGUCGUCCUUGGUCUGGGCAGCAUCUUCUCCCACCUCAGCGAAUCACAUCGAGAAGAUUGGACUUUGACCAAAGACGUCAAAACAGCAAAGCAACAAGCUCAAAACAACAAGACUCGUACACCUGCACUCUACUUCCAGGAUCCGAAGUUUUGCGUUGCCGACUACCGUUUGUUGAGUGAGUUUGGCGGCCAGAUCAUCCAACACCCCAAGGCUUUCAAUCACCACAUUGACGAGCGUACCUCGUUUUCGCAAAGUGCAUACCUCUCGUCCUUUACUUUGAAGAUCUCUUGCAGACCUCGCCUGCCGUCUGCAUCUCCACGCCUGUCUGCAGCUACCGACGGAGCAUUGUUUCUGCAAAGCAAGACUUGUGACUUCAAAGUCGACUUCGAUAUCCGCAGUGUCGCCAACAAGUUCAUGGCCAAGAGGAAGAGCGUCGAAUUGCACGAGGCGUUGCAUCACCUACACACCAGUAUUCCUGGUCGUGAAGACAACUUUCUUGUCAACAUGUCUGUGUUUUGGUUAGCAUCGGAAGGAGACACGGAUGCUGUGCGUCAGGCAAAGCAAAUGGGAUCAUUGGGCAAGAAGGCAAAGAAAUGGUUGGAAGCAAUGUGA